AUGAAUAUGAUCACCAAUAAUUCAUCUUCCUUGUCGGAGAUUACAACUGGUUCUUCUUCCGGUUAUGGCAGUAGUUUGCAUUAUUUAAGCAUCGGUAGUACAAGAAGCGAUGAGUACUCAAAUUCAUUCGUUGACGCCAUUUUCAAAGUAUCGACCAAAUCUCUUAAUAUCUUGUCGUUGGCAGGGAAUAAUUGUUACGACCAAAGUUGUGGUUAUCUACCGGAUCAGAUUCAACAUCUCUCUGCUCUUUCUAAGCUAUACUUACACAAUUUAGGAAAUAUACAGGAAUUUCCUGAAUGGUUUGGGAACAACAACAGCUUUUCGCCGUCUCUGCAGCUGUUACAUAUAAACAACUGCAAGAAAUUGCGACAUUUGCCGUCCAAGGAAGCAAUGCUACGCCUCACCAAAUUAAGUUAUUUAGCUAUCGGUCGUUGUCCACUAUUAAAUUUAAAGAAAAUACGAGAAAUAAGUGAUGAUGAUGAUUCAGAGUGGCCCAAGAUUUCUCAUAUCCCCGAAGUCUAUGAGGAUGGGAAUCAAAUACCAACUCAUGCUCAGUAA